AUGGCACAGCAAAACUCGGGAUCCGACUCACGCAUUGCCGGUGGGUCGACGAUGCACACGACCGCAGCAGUAUCCGUCAAGUUGCCAGAGUUUUGGAAGACGGAUCCCCUCAUGUGGUUCGCUCAAGCUGAGGCCCAGUUUGCGCUAGCCGGAAUAAAAAACGAUCAAACCAAAUUCUUCCACAUCAUCGCCAAAGUGGACCAAACAGUGUUGCGGCACAUUUCAGACAUCGUGGCAAAUCCCCCAGCACAGGACAAAUACGAUUCUGUCAAAACACGACUGAUCUCUCGUUUCGAGCUGUCGGCGCAGGAGAAGUUCGAGAAACUCCUGAAUUCCUGUGAUCUUGGGGAUAUGCGUCCGACCCAUCUCCUUGCAAAGAUGCAGGAACUGGCUACAAAUCUAAACGUCAACGAAGAUUUGAUGAAAAUGCUGUUCAUGCAGCGAAUGCCAACAAGUAUUCGAGCAGUACUGGCAGUCUGUGACGUCAAAGUCGACCAGCUCGCUGCAAUGGCCGAUAAAAUGGUUGACUCCUCCGGCCCACAAGUAGCCGCCGCAGCGGCACCCGCAGUUCCAGAUUUGCAAGAUCUCGAAGCUCAAAUUGCUGCCCUGACGAGUGAAGUACGACGACUGAAAGCUGGUCCGAACCGAGAUUUGUUGGUACCAUCGUAA